AUUAAUAUGAGAAAAAACCGAUAAAUUAUGACCAAUCAAAAUCCCCCACCUUCUUCCAUUUUUCAUCCUACAAUGAGGGUUAGGUUGGGUUGGGUUGGGUUGGGAGGCUUUUUUUCUCUUUUGCAACUAGGGUUUGCUUCAAUGUUUUCUUCCUGAUGUCAUCUUAUUUUCUUUAGUAUCGGUUUUUUUAGAUAGAGUAUUUGAUUCUACUGGCUUACUUUGGAAAGCCAAAAAACAAAAGAAGAAAAAAAAAAAAAAAGACAGACAGUUGCACAGCUAAUCUCUUGAUCCUACUACUGUUUCUUAUCUGUUUGCUGCUUCAUAUCAGAGAUUCUCUUCUACACAAUUUUCUUGGUACUUCAAACUUUCUUUUCUACUGUAUUUUGCUUGAUUUAAGUGGAAAGAGAAUGACGAGACAAAGGAUAGAGAUCAAGAAGAUCGCCAACACAGCGGCACGACAGGUGACAUUCUCAAAGAGGAGAAGAGGACUUUUCAAGAAAGCUCACGAGCUUUCCACUCUUUGCGAUGCCGAGAUAGCUCUUAUAGUCUUCUCAGCCACCGGCAAGCUCUUCAAAUAUUCCAGCACCAGUAUGAGGCAGGUGAUUGAAAGGCGCCGUUUGCAGUCAGAAAGGAUUGAUGGAUUGGAGGACGCUCCAUCUGUUGAGCUGCAGCUGGAGAGUGCUACUCAUUCCGUGUUGAGCAAGGAAAUUGCAGAAAAGACCCAAGAACUGAGACAGCUAAGGGGAGAAGACCUCCAAGGACUAAACCUAGACCAGCUGAAACAACUAGAGAAAUUAGUCCAAGGUGGCUUGAGCCAAGUUACAGAAACAAAGGAUGAGCGAUUUUUGAAAGAGAUAAGCACCCUGGAGAAGAAGGGAGAAGAACUGAAGGAAGAAAACCUGAUAUUGAAACAGCAAAUGGAGAAUUUACCUCUUGUGGUCAGAGGCCAACCAUCAGAGCCAUUUCCCCAUCUUCACAAAUCUGGAGGCCCCCCUCCUCCUCAAGGGUAUAACACCUCUGAUAUUUCACUCACCUUGGGGUUACCUUUCCCUAAUUGAUAGAAAGGUUAGAGGGGAUGUUGUGAAGAAAUGCUCCUCAUCUUUGCUUAAUAUCGCAUCUUUAAAGCUCAUCUAUAUGAGUAAAUAUACAACCUGGCUCCUCUAUGUUAAAUGUAUCUAUAUAUCUAUAGGCUGAACAUAACCAUUUAAUUAUCAAAGUUCAUUGAUGUUUACGAAAAGAAAAGAAAAAGGUAUUGCAAUAAAACUGACUUUUGCAUGCAAGAAAAAA